UCUCUCUCUCUUAAAUGCGUCUGUUAGCUCUUUCUCCCCAUAUGUAUAUAUUAGUCCAUAUCUCUAUAUCUAUAAUCCCUUUCUAUUUCCCAUCCCUGCGUCCAUUGCUUGUAAAGAGCGGGAAAUAUGAUUAAGAUUUUCAAGGAGAAGGAAAAACAGAGAGCAGCAGAAGCCAAAGCGGCGUUACUUGUUAAGAAGGAAACUGCAGCAGAAUUAUGUCUUAAUAGAGAUAUCUCUGAACUGAACCUACCAACAUGUUGUAGCAUAGACUUUGUGGAUGGCAAGGAUAACCUGAUGAACUUUGAGGUCACAGUUAAGCCUGAUGAAGGAUACUACACAGGUGGUACAUUCGUAUUCACUUUCCAAGUUCCUCCUGUCUAUCCUCAUGAUCCACCGAAGGUCAAGUGCAAGACCAUGACGUAUCAUCCUAAUAUCGACUUGGAUGGAAAUGUCUGCCUUAACAUUUUACGAGAAGACUGGAAACCUGUUCUUAAUAUAAAUACUGUAAUAUAUGGACUAUUAAAUCUUUUCACGCAACCUAAUCAUGAAGAUCCCCUUAAUCAAGAAGCUGCUGAUGACUUGAGAGAUGAUCCAAAUAAAUUCGCGGAACAUGUGAAAACUGCAAUGGAGGGUGGCUAUGUGGGAUACACCUACUUCCAAAGCUGCGUGUAAAAGCUGCUUGUACAACAUUUACCAAAUUCCUUGCUCAAAGAUUGCGUAAGAUAAGUUCGUGAUAUUGGCUUAUAAGGAAGUACUAUUAUCCUCUCUCUCAAAGAAAUAUUAUGUGAAAUGUUCAUAUGACCUCUCUCUAUAUCUAUGUUAUUGUUGAUUUUGAUUUU